CGUUCCGUGUCGCGAAAACUGGUCGGACGACACGGGCGCCUUUCGCCUGUUGCGCUGCUCGUGAUUAACUUGUCUUUCUGCUCUCGCCUCAGCUACUUGUUGCACUUACAAAGCGUAUACGCACCCGUCCUAAAUGCGCUGAAACGGGAGGCCAGAAGUGACGACGAGCACAUCAUCAUCAUCUGCUCGUCGCUGGCAUCUGACCUUGAAACAGCCCGAAACCUUGAACCGGUAGAUGAUAAUGAUGCUACCGCCGAGAGUAAAGAUUCCGAGUUCCGAGGCACAGAAAGUGUGAAUUAAGUUAACGUGUUAACCCUUGGGGCGGAGGGACGCAUCAACAACGUCGAAGCUCCCUUUCAGUGACUUGUUAACCCUGGAUUGGAAGUCGGGGGAUUUGAUAAACAGCGACCUCGAACGUUACGGCAACGCAACGGUUGUUGCUUUCAAUCUGUUUUCCAUCUUCCGUCCGAUGGAAGAAACUGUGAAGCUGCGCUUGCGACGCUUUGUCUUUGUGACCGUGCGGUGUGGAUUUAGCUUGACCCAGUUAGUGGCGGCUAGCUAGUUCCAAUACGCGUCACACGCGUUCUAGAUGGCCUAAUUAAUGCCCUCGAACGAAGCACAGAAUGGUUGAUCCAGUUUGAGGAGAGCGACGAUGAGACGAAUUGCUUUCGUUAGCGAAACACACACACAGUAUGCCAGUGAUGUAGAUAAGAAGAAGGAGCAGGAGAUACGCCAACGGUGGGGUGGUAAUAGAACCUAUCAUGCAAAGUGUAGUUUUGUCACUCGACGGCACACGGCGAAGCGACAAUAUCAGUCGAUCUGUGACCAUUGCGAUACGGUGCUUUAGCGACACAUUGAACCCGCAACGGACGGGCUCAUGGAUGGGAAACAUUGAUAACCCAUGAGGAGUGGGCCUUAUAAUCGUUAGCUGUACGGGGACGCGACGAUGGCAGUUGGUCGCCACGAUAAACCGGGAAGCGUAGAUAACGAAAGCGCUAUCGUGUUCCCCUCUUAUUGCAUCUAGCAACAGCCCAUUGAAUCCGCCGCGUGUACCCCGCAAAGUCCACUUAUUAUACAAUAGACCGCCAUCGGGACCGGCACCGGCUGGCAGUGACAAUCGUUUCGAACCUGGGGAACAUGCAAACUGCCUAUUAACGUAUAACUGUCCCGUGUUAAGAAAAAAAAACCAUGGUUGAAACUGCUACAACAUUGGUACAUACACAGCAAACUGUUAAUUGGAUUGGAUGGAUUGAAGUUUGUUGGAUUAUGCGAAACUAAAUGGUUGAAAUCUCAUCAAUAACACUGUAAUGUACACAACGGAAUUUGUUUACGAACAUUUUUUUUCGUCAGUCACGGAAUAUUUUACUCAAUACUGUUGAAGUCAUUGACGACUGACGAAUAUGUUUAUUCGUCGUAGUCAUAACAGUCAUAGUUUGCUAUGAUUCAUAAAGUGCUUUGUGCUCAAAGUUUCAUAUCUUUCGUGUCGCUAAUUGUUGUAGAGAAAUCGCUGUAAUAUUGACCAAAACCAGGAGCAAUUUUAAACAGUGAAAUUCUUAUGCGCUCCGUACUGUUACUGCUUAUUAUAAUGUGAUUUUUUGUUCAAAAUUUUUCAAACAAAAAGUAUUUGCCCUGCAAGUUGAUUAUUAAAGAUGAUUGAUUAUCUAAAGAUGGGUUACAAAUGGAAGAAAUGUUCGCGUUGCCGGGUAGUAGUGUAAACAAAUUCCCCCUUUCAUAAUAUUUCGUAUUCCCCACUUUUCCCAAGUGGGGUAUGCUGGAGCGAAGAAUUUCUUGAGAAACCCACACUUCCUCCCCCAGCGAAAGUUGACCUAAGGUAUCGGAUUACGUGUUGGUCGUAACAUCGUGCCCGAGAAUAUCAACAACAAGGCAAGGGGCAAGCUGUUUAGCUUCGGGAUAAGAAAGUAUAUCAAUUUCGGUCGAAUGGUCCACCGAUGGCGAUCGAUGGAGUUGGAAUAUUUGUUUUAACUCCAAAGAAAUGCUCCAUGGUCUGGGGCUGAAAACUGGCUCCAUAUGCUCGCCACCAGAAACGUUUGUUACGGAUUUUCGAGCCAGGGGUCGUUGUAGUGCAAAAUGGCUGACGGUGCUGACUGUGGGGAGGGCGAGCGAGCGAUACAGUCCAUUGGAAUCCGUUCAACCGCUGGUUCACGCACACGCUCGGCGACGUUGUCUCGUCACGCUCCAGCUACCACCAGUCCGUCCCGUCGUCCCGUGCCGUACCGGAGGUGCAUAGCAUUGUGCCACGGUUUUGGUUUCCAUGUUCCAUGGUUUUAUUAUUAGCCGGCGUCGUGGUGAAUGCUCUCGAGCUACCGGCUACCGUCGUCGAGAGGUCGUGUGCAGUACGAUGCGCUCAUCAUUUCUGAUCUGUGUCACCGCAUACGGCCAGGAACGAUUUGGCUCACACCACUAAAAAACCAUCAAAACCCACCGCCAUCACCCACCUGUAACUUAUGAAGAUACGCAGACAACAGUUGAAGAACAAAGC